UUCAUCUCGUCCGCCGCCCGGCCCGGCCCGGCCGCUGCCCCGCCAUGAGCGACAAGGGCGAGCUGGACCUCACCGGCGCCAAGCAGAACACGGGCAUGUGGCUGGUGAAGGUCCCCAAAUACUUGUCACAACAGUGGAGUAAAGCUACAGGAAGAGGUGAAGUGGGAAAACUAAGGAUUGUCAAAAAUCAAGGAAGAACGGAAGUGUCCUUUACUUUGAAUGAAGAGCUUGCAAGCAUCAAUGAUAUUGGAGGAAAGCCUGCUUCAGUCAGUGCACCAAGGGAACAUCCAUUUCUUCUGCAAAGUGUGGGAGGACAGACCUUAACAGUGUUCACAGAAACUUCAGUAGAAAACCAAUCAGAAGAAAAAUCAGAAGGUGGCAGUGCUGGUGCUGAUAAACUUGCCUUGGAAGGAAUAGUGGUGCAACGUGCUGAAUGCAGACCUGCAGCUAGUGAAAAUUAUAUGAAGCUGAAAAGAUUACAGAUAGAAGAAUCUUCUAAACCUGUAAGGUUAUCACAGCAGCUGGACAAAGCUGUAACCACGAACUACAAACCAGUGGCUAAUCAUCAGUAUAAUAUUGAAUAUGAGAAGAAGAAGAAAGAAGAUGGAAAACGAGCUCGAGCUGAUAAACAGCAAGUGUUGGACAUGCUUUUUUCAGCCUUUGAGAAACAUCAGUAUUAUAACAUUAAAGACCUGGUGGACAUAACCAAACAGCCAGUGAUAUACUUGAAAGAAAUUUUGAGAGAAAUAGGCAUCUACAAUGUGAAGGGGACCCACAAAAACACAUGGGAGCUGAAGCCAGAAUACAGACAUUACCAAGGAGAAGAAAAGAGUGAUUAACAAAAACAUUUAUGAUGUAAGAGUGAUUGCACUGAGGGAACUGUGGUGUUUACAGACAGGACUGAGCACAGUGCAGUUCUGCAGUGAUAAAGAAAAAUUAAAGCAGCUGAUACUUUGUAAUUUUCUGUAGUUUUUUCCCCAAGGAAUAUUUCUUAUAUGUUUCUAUAUAUGCUUUGUCUUUUGACAGGAAAAGUUUAUAGAAUAAACUUUGUAUUAGAUUUAACUUUAUUAGAAAUCUUUUGAAUUUUCCUCUUACUUUGUCUUGGUAGCUUUGUGGCUUUUUCAAGCCUUGAUAACUCUGAUGGAAUAUGUGUCUUAGAGGAACCCAUAACCUUGUGGGUUUGCAUUCCAGUGUAACCAGGUUAAUACCCUCAGUUCUACUGGGAUCUGUUAAGGCUUUGGAAGCCUGCAAAUGUGCACAACCCUUUGUGCUCCUAUGGAUAUCAGGCUUUAGGAAAAACUGCCACAACCAUGGUGCUCAUCACAGUCCUUAGACUCCCUGGGAACAAACCAAUGCAGUUAAAAACCCAUAAAGUCAGUGGGAAGAUGUCAGUCCCCUCCAUGUGAUUACUGAGAAAAAAAUUGAAAUGUCUGUUAGGUACAGCAAGGAAUAAUUUUAUCUUUUGUUUGAUUUUUAUGCUGAUACCUGUGAUCUGUUUAAGCAUACCAA